AUGGUUGGCGGUAGAUGUAGGGAGCAAGUCAACAGGCCGUUUAUUCGGGCCACAUGUACUGAUCCUUCACUAUGCGAUGGACCAGAUGCUCUGGACUUCGGUACUCAGUGCCUUACCCGGGCAGCCAUUUUCAAUCACUCAUUUAAUGCUCAUCUCAAUUGUAAUCCUCUCCGACAUUUUCUGAGUCGUGACAGAAUUGCUCUACUCUUCCUCAGGUUCAUGCUGUUUUUUUUCUGUAGAGACUGA